GGACUCGGACUGAGCCCCUGGGCGGGCGGGACGGACCAUGGCCGCAGUGGGGACGCUGGACGGGAGCGACGACGUGGAGGACGAGGAGGAGAUCACCGCCGCCGCGCUGCGCGCUAAGCCGCGGCCGCUGCCCAUCUGGGCGCUGUCUGCCUUCAGCCACCAGCCACCACAUAGGCUUGACCUGCCCCUGGAAAACUCAAGGCCUGCAGAACCAGGAAUUAUUUCCCUCUAUGACUGUGUUUUUAAGAAGAACCUAGACUACAAUCAAAAAUUGCACCGAGAUGACAGAGAACAUGCAAAAAGCUUGGGGCUUCGUAUUAAUGAGGAGGAACAGGAAAGGCCCGUCGGAGUGCUGACGUCCUCUGUCUAUGGGAAGCGCGUCAACCAGCCGCUUGAGCCCCUGAACCGGGACUACCGCCGUGCCAACCACGUGAAGGCUGACUUCUACAGGAAGAACGACAUCCCCAGCAUCAAGGAGCCUGGCUUUGGGCACAUUGCUCCAGCCUGAAGCCACCCCUGGGGCCCAUAGAGCAUGUUGGGGGACCGUGCCCACAAGUGAGGGUGCCCGGAGAAGGGAUGGCACCCAGAGCCUGUCUCCCCUUUUAUCAUGCCCAGAAGAUGUAGGGACGCCUCUCCUGCAUCUUGACAGUGGGAAGGAGGCACAUGUUAGCAGCUUUCACUCAGGUUACCUUUGUGAAGAACCCGGCCAAACAUCUUUAAUUCAUAUUAAGAAUAUCUAGAAUACGAUUCUCACCCUUAAGUAUUCAGGAUUAAAUGAUACUGGAGACUGGUUCAUUGUGAGCACCUGAAUAAAAUGAACACUUUAUUCCCACUU